AUGGACGAGACUCCGAGACUCUUACAGAAGAGCUAUGAAGAAAAAGCGAGAAACAAAAAGUGGACAGGCAGCUUCGAAAAUGAAAAAAUGGAAAUUCGAAGACGAAAUGUCAUUCUUACUACCGUAUAUGCAAGAGAGAGAUACAUCAUACAUACAUGCACCAAUUUAACAGAAGUGACCGAUGAUGAUGAUGAGAAUGAACAGAAUAUAGACGCAUGUACUGAAAACAACGAUGAUAGAGAGGACGACGAUGAAAAUGAUAACAGAAGCAAUGAUAAGGAUGAUGAUACUAAUGAUGAUGUCGAUAAUGAUGCAGUGGAUAAUGACACAUCAAAUGUGGAGAAUGAAAAAACUAAGAGACAGUCAAAGAUCAACAGAAACAUUAUAACCAAAGUGCGUAGGAAUAUAGCAAAAAAACCUCAAGCACAAUCGGAAACGGCAUCGGCAGUGGUAGUGAAAUACUUGCUAGAGAAAAAACAGCUAAUGCCACGAUAA